GAUAUCAUAAUUUUUUUAUGAUCGUCUGCUAGUGACGAGGUUGAAUGUUUCAUGAUAUGAUGAAGACAUCGAAACGAAAGACUCCGCGUUUUUUAUCGAAUCUUAAACUUGUCUAUCAUUUACAGGUGUGUUGAGACUUCUAGCGAGCAGUAAUUGAACUGAGAAUGGAUGUAGGAGCGGUUUGAAGCGGGACGCAUUCAUCGAGAGAUGCAGUUGAGAGGGGAGGGCAGAGGAGCUGGUAGACGGUAGAGAGAGGAGAGGCAGCGGGCGUGCUGUGCCUAGUAUCGUGGGCGAGGUCGGCUAGCCGAGGGGGUUGAUCUUUAUUAUGAUGUCAAAAAGUUCAGUCUAGCUCGACACUGUCUCAGAAUACCUGAAUGUGGAUCAAUUUGAUGACACGGCUUUCAACGCUCACAGCAAGACAUCUUUCAGAUUGCAUUACUCUUAGAACCAGCGAUACAUUAACGCGAUAUUCCUGUCGACUUAGAGUUCUAUAGGCGACCCGUUAUCAGACUACAGAUACAUACUUUCAGUUUCUCCUGCCGGUUCUCCGAAGUAUUUUUUUUAUAACUUCUUAUUUACAACUCAAGUUCAUUACCCGGUCCUGUUGAGCCGGCGAUUUGCUGACUGAGGUUAUUAUAGGAUUUAGUUGGCACGAACUUCCAAAAAUGAGGAUCCAACUCAGGCGUUGUAUUCAGUCACUCUCCGUUGUUUUGUUUCUUCUUCUAAUGUUCCUGGACCAGUACGCGGUCUUUGCCAACAGAGCCAGGGCCAGGGCUAGGUCCAGCCCUAGGAGUAGGACUAAUGGGAGAAGGACUCAAGAAAGACCAGCCUCGAGGAAAACUUCAACCAUAAGCUUGAGCGCUGGAAAUAUAUACCCCGAAAUUUACAAGAAUGGAAAGAAGAAGAAGAAAAGCGAGCCCAAAGCGGAGAAAAAGAAACAACCACCACACGUUAUUAUGAUAAUUGCGGAUGACCUGGGUUAUAACGAUGUUGGAUAUCAUGCAAAAUAUGGCAGAUCUAUGAUAAGAACACCUAAUAUUGACGAGAUGGCAUACAGUGGAGUAAGGCUAGAGAAUUAUUAUGUACAGCCAGUGUGUACGCCUACACGGAGCCAGCUGAUAACCGGUCGAUACCAGAUUCAUACGGGAAUGCAACAUUUAAAUUUAUUCCCCGGUAGACCGUGCUGCCUCCCCCUGGAUGAGACUACUCUCGCCCAAGCUUUGAAGAAACAGGGUUAUUCCACUCAUGCCGUGGGGAAGUGGCAUCUCGGUUACGCCUGGAAGGAUUGCUUACCGAGUAGGCGUGGUUUCGAGUCGUUCUUCGGUAAUAUUAUGGGCUCAGCAGAUCACUGGUCUCACAAUAAGACUGCUCUCUUCGGCGAUAAACUGGUUAUGGGCAAGUCCAUGUACUACAAUGAAAGAAUAUACUGGAAGCACGAAGGAACCUUCUCUACUACACUCUACACCAACAGAGCAAGACAACUCAUUCGAAAACAACCAAGAAAUAAGCCAUUGUUUCUCUACCUAUCCUACGAGGCCGUUCACACACCACUCAAUGUUCCCGAACAAUACGCCAAACCUUACGAGGGUAUCAUCCACAACUCCAAGCGACGCAGGUACGCAGGACUAGUCAACAUUCUGGAUGAAGCGGUCAGGAACGUCACAGAGGCACUCAAAUAUAACGGUCUUUAUGAUAACAGCGUCAUCAUAUUCACUACAGAUAACGGUGGGAGACCGAAGCCACGGUCCGUCGGGAACAACUGGCCCCUCCGAGGCGGUAAGAGCACCCUAUGGGAGGGUGGUAUACGAGGCGUUGGGUUCGUUCAUAGCCCCCUUAUACCAUGGGAGCUACGAGGCACGGUCAACCGGCAGCUCAUACACGUCAGUGACUGGUUCCCGACCAUCGUGAAGGGGAUCGCUGGUGGGAAGCUGGUGACAAACAAACCUCUGGAUGGCAUCAACCAAUGGAAAACUAUCUCGAAAGGAACAGAAUCCAACCGCCAUGAGAUCUUGCAUAACAUCGACCCCAUCUAUCCCGCUGCUCACUGGACGAGAGAAAAUGAGAGGGACUUUGGUGCCCUGAGCAAUCUUCCAUUCAAUGCAACCAUGAGGGCUUCUAUACGGGUCGGCAAUUGGAAACUUUCAACAGGUUUACCUCAUGAAGAUUUCUGGGAGCCUCCAAAGGAGUCCGAAAUGCCUCCAGAGAUGAACGAUAUAAGAUGGAGCACACCCGUCCGACUUUACAACAUCAAGAAAGACCCCAAUGAGAGACAAAACAUGGCGCCAUACCAGAAGAAAAUUGUUUACCGUUUGCUAAAGCGUCUUCAGGAUUACCAGAACACUGCCGUUACUCCUAUACAUCUAGGUCCAAAGGACGAAAGAGGAAACCCCAAGUAUCAUGGUGGGGCGUGGGUUCCUUGGAUGGACAGAUGAGGGCGCCUCUUUUGAAGAACUUUCCCCUGGACAAUAAAACUAUUUUUCCACUGAUGCAGUUUACUUGUGUGAGACCAUGCAAUUGUCAACCUCAUGUUAUAUGACGAUACGUCUGCUGAUAGUGAUGACACGUCUGCUCAAAGUGACGACACGUCUGCUGAUAGUGAUCGCACGUCUGCUGAUAGUUAAGACACGUCCUGCUGAUAGUGAUGACACGUCUGCUGAUAGUGAUGCUAUGUGGUGUUUGUAUGACACGUGCACCGGCGAGAUUUGCACCCUGACCAAUGCGAAAAUAUCAAUGUUGCGUGCUUAUGCAGCAUUGCAUUGGCAUUUGGGUAAAAACUACAGUGUUGGAGAGUAUUUCAUGCAAAGGACAGAGUACUUAACUAUUUGGAGUGAAGAAAUGUAACGUUGCACCAGCUGUUCUUUAGAGGUCUUGUAGAUAGCACAGUAAAUUGUGGUUCCAUGAAGUAGAUUGUAUAGGACAGAUUUAAACAUUUAAGUGUAUGAACAUUUCAAAUGGGUGUAUAAGAUUUGUGUUGGAAAAUAUUUUAAAGGCGAUUGUGAAAGUUCAUUGAGGAGUUUGGGUUACAGGUGUUGAUAAAUAGGGAGGAAGAAUUAGAACGAGCAUCAAUCCGUUUUGGCCUGAAAAAUAAAAGGUGCAAGUCCCCAACCGCCCGACCCCCGCGCCCGCCAUCGCUAUUCCAAGGGCCCUUUUCAAGAUCCACCCUUGAGUUCGAUGUUUUUUUAUCUGUUACUAACGGAUUCUUGUGGCCGCGACGGCGCCAUGAUCGAUAACUUACGUCCAUUUUUUGUGAUGUGUAUUUUGUUUUUAAAUGCUAUGUGUAAAUUGCAGGUGUUGCUCUUGAUGAAUGAAUACUGUGUGUUCUAAGUUAUUUCGGUUUGUUCGUACCCUAUCUACUAUUUCAACAAAUUGUUAAAUUUCUAUCAAACAUUUUUUGGGGAAAAUGACUGUAUUCAUUAACUUUAAGUUCUUAAAAAGUAUGAAAUCAAGUAUAUUUUGUUCACAAUAUUUAAUAGGUUUUAUAACGAACCAGUGUGACAAUUAUGACGACAGAAUUUGUAGAUCGGAAGGAUGAAUAUGUAAUUAAAAUAUUAAAAUCAGGCAAAUUCUCUAAA